AUGGCUGGCGUCAGCUCCGAAUCGAGCCUCUGGGCGAUACGGUAUCCCAACUGGGAUACAACUAGGGAAGCCUUCGAGGAUGACAAAACCCCAGUACCGAAACCGCCAUCCGUAGCAAUCGACUGGCUUUUCUUCAGCGAGACUUUUCAAAUGAGAGCCCUUGGGGGGCUGCGUUUGCCAGAAUACUGGGCCCUGCAAGACAUCGACGCAUAUGGACCAACCUACCGCGUAUCGGACGUGGCAGGUGCCAUCGAAGACGAAAGCGAUCCAUUCAUUGAUGCCGAUCCACGCGAGAAACUGUCAAACUUUAUGGAUGGUUUGACACUGUACCCGUACGUAUCUUGGGCAACCAGUGACUUUGUCGAGGUGGACGAAACGAAGUGGUUCAAGAUCUUCCGAAGGGAGAGAUGGUCGAGCUACAAGCACCCCGACCCCAACGGGCUAUCGAUCGAUAUCGACGACGACGCAACAUGGGCCAAAAUAAGCAGAGUCAUCGAGCUUGCAAAUAGAAUUCUGAAAGAAGCAGUCAGUCAUGAAUGGUGUGUUCCCACUUUACACGUACGAACAGAAUCAGAGGCCUUUGUUCUCCGGCUGGCAAGUUUUCUAAAGGAGGAUUCCCGUGAAGUUCGACGGGAUGUGAUGGUAGGGUCAAAACAUCAGGCCCCUCGGAACGGUACCAUCGUCCGCGUCAAGCCGGUCAGCCCCGAAUCCCGUCUUAGUCCAACAGAAGCUCGAAAGGUUCUUGACGACAUCGCCGACACUUUCUUUUGGGGAUUCUAUCUUAGAGAAGAAUGGCCUUCAGCUAUUGGAUUGACAACAAAGCUCAUUGACAAGAACGGGAGGCAGCUCAAGUGGAUGCGUGUUGGUAUCGAGUAUUUCCAGCCGAUAUUCCAAAACAUGAUGUUCCAGGACCCUGAAGGCCGCCAGGCAACGUUUCUGGUGACCAAGACUCAUGGUAUAUCUGGCCACAUGCACAGAUCGUAUCAAGAAAAGCAUCCCGAGGAACCGCUCAUGGCGACUGAAGUUUUCUGGGACGAAGAGAAGUAUGCAGAGGCGGGCAUUUCUUGGGAAAUGUCAUUCUUUGGAUUUUCCUUGAAGGACGUUUCCGGCGGUCCCCAAAAGGCUGGUCAUGCCCUCUUCGGCAUACGUGCCCCUUGGCCAGCUUUCUGCGUGUCAAGCGUCGGUCACAUGGAUACCUACGACAAAGGGCCUCUCACGGAAGCAUUUCGGGAACAUCGGCCCGGCAUACCUGCCAUCGUCCCUUGCGCGAUGACAACUUCUGACUUUUGGGAGACCCAUGUGCCAAAAUACGGAUACAAGGCACUGAGAUACAAGGGGGUCAGUGUUUCUGAACGGGUUUGGGAGAGCCAUUAUCAAGACGCCGCACGAACCUCGCGAGCCAAGAUUCUUGACCCCCCUUAUUCGGAAUACGGUCGCCUUGAUCAUAGUAUGAGAAUGAUUGCUCAGCGCUUGAGACUUAGACGAUUGGAGCUCCGAAGGCUGAGGCCAUGGUACAAGGAAGAAUACACCAAAUGGCAUGCUACGAUAUAUGCCGAGACUCAACUGCGAUGCAAAUUGGCCGACAUUGGGUCUUCGUCUAAAUCCCAUCACGACACACACGAAUCCGAUAUUCGGCACCAGCUCAAGAGCGUCUUGUGGCCAUAUAACCAUAGUCUCGAUGUCGCCAAAUUCAAGAUUCGACACAAAACGACAUCGAGGUUCCUCUACCACGCCUACGCAUAUCUGUGGUUGGCAACGCUGCCCGUCAGGAAGAAGCCUACGCCAUCCAGUCGUCCGACCUCAAGGCCACUGCAUCCCGAAAGACUGAGCAUACCCAAAGCUGCUGGAGGCCAGGAGCUCAUUGACCUUGCUACUAAUCAGGGAAAAAGAACAUCAGUAGCGACGGACACGUACCUACACAACUCCAAUACCCCAAGCCACGACAAAGAGCUGUGCAUGGAAAACGCCAAACUGUCGUUUUUACGAUGGAAAGUUCUCGGAAAUGUGUCACCUGAGGUGGCUAAAGGUUUCGAGUAUGACUGGCGUGAUAUAAGGAGAAUGAUGGAUCAAUCCCCCUAUGACCAUGGGUGGUUAACUUACAAUUACCGAGACUUGCCCACCCACGUCACUCAAGAGAUGCAUUACCCUAUCGGAGCAUCGCAGGUUCAAGGACUUCCCUCGAAGAGGAUUGACCUUGACGACGCCGAUCUUCCAUCCUGGGCAGUCGCGAGACCGGUGAUCGCUCAAGUGCCGGUCCCGUUGCGAGGCAAAUCUGCUGAGAUCACCCCUCCGCUUCGCCACUACCACGUAGGCGAAAUUGGUGAUCAUCAACGCGUCGGUAGCGGAGUCAAGUGGUUUGUCCACAAAGCCGACGGUGAUGACAGGCAUUUAAUUUACGACUUUAGUGGGAUAUUGUCGUCGGAAUAUGGGUGGGAUGCUGCAACUCGAGAGAAACUGACAAUGAGGCCAGAUUCCUCCAGUCCUGUCUUGAAUAGAGUGCUUCGCACAGGAGACAUGAACGAGAAGGUCCGUGAAUUGUGUUUGAAAAAUGGGCCCAUUGGACAAGUGAUGCGGCUCAUGCGCACGGAAGAUAUCAGACUGGCUUACAACAGAGACCGCUUGUCAUGUGUAGCCUUGGGUAACCACGUUUUUGAUCUGACGUGUGAUCUGACAAGCUCGUACGCUGAUCUUUCAGACUUCCAACUGGCAGAACACAUGCAACCUUUACUGGUGAUUAUUAAGCUAAAACGACAGGAAAAUCCUCUCCUCAGGGCAGUCAGUUUAGGAUAUAAUCCUGAUGUUAUCGUCAACUUCCUUCGGCCUUAUCAGAUUGGGAUCAGGACGCAAGAGCUUGAGAGGUACAGCGUUUAUCGAUUACGCCAUUUCACAUUGAACGAAGUCAAGUGGCACGUUUACCCAGAGACAGGGAUCUACACCAUCUUCAAAGGGCAUUCGGUAAUAGAUCUUACAGACUUCAUGAAAUUUCAUCCUGGUGGUAUGGAGAUUCUGCAGAGCGUCGCCGGGAAAGACUGUACACGUCAAUUCAAGCAGUACCAUCAAGUCCCAACGGGUUUCCUUGGUGUCACUACACAUGUCUAUUUCGAAAGGCUGCAAGUUGGUAAGAUCGUCUCUGAGCAAAGCCCAGGCGUUAUAUCUCCGGAUCAAAUUGUAAUUCGAAAUCAAGUCUUCAGCCGAAAGGGUAAGCAUAGAAAACGUUUCCGGACUAAAGAUGAAGUUCCUACUGACAGUAGUCGCUUAGCGGAUCUUUCAAGGCUGUCAGGUAGCGCCUUAGACGGGUUAAGGAGUCUCCUGGCAUCCGAAGAACUUGAAGAAUACUGGGGAAAGAAUGUGACGGCCCAGAUGGACACAGCAAGCCCGCCAAAAAUACUUUGCAGACUGUUUGAUACAAAAUGGCUUGUUGUCGCCAAGGUUGUCGCGCCAAUAGACACACUGCCUUUCAUGGACGAUCAAAUGUUGGCGCGCAUGGACGGCAAAGUUGAGCCCUGGGGCUUCCAUGAAUCCUACGUUUCUGACAGCAAGUACAUAUACAACUUGACUUCAUACCUCAGAUACGGAAAACCUGACGGGUACAACGAGCUUUUGAAAGCUCGUGCCGGAACAACGCUCUCCAACUCAUUACAAGACCAAGAACUGAAGCGAAGGCUGUGGUCAGACUUCCAAUAUCGAAUUAUAGCACAGCAUGGUCCGAAUCAAGAUGCUGAUUUCGAUUGGAAAAGGUCCUUCAGGCCGAUCUCCGAAGAUGUGCCUGACUUUGAAGGUAAUGAAACUUCGAAAGUCACACCUGCUAUGUCAGUUGCUCAAGCUGCGGGAAAGGGCAAUGCGACUCGUGCUUCAGACCAGAUUGUCCAACCAAUCCAGAGCGUGGCCGGCACGAAACGCAAGCAUAACGGGCAGCUCAAGGUACAGGAAGAGCGCAUCAAGGCUGUUACUACAAGCCGAUUUGCACUGCCAGAACAAGUAGCUGCAGGCGUGAAACGAAAGAGCUCGCCGACUCCGGUCCGGCCGUACAAAAAGGUAGUCAAAGAAUCUCGUGGCUCUGUUGGUGGUCCUUCGUCUGGGAUUGAAGGCUCAAGCAGAACAAGUUCAAGGGGAACAGAGAAGCCGAGGCAAGAAUGGGAGUGGAAGGACUUGUACAUGUAUCGAUGA